AUGGGUGUCCGUGAUUCCCAUGGUGAGGCGACAGGGACGCCCGACCCUGUCGAGAAGGGGAUCGCCACCCUCAAUACCAUCAGGAUCGGUGUGAAGGCCAUGGUGCAGAAGGAUGGUGAACUUCGCAAAGCCGAAAUCCUUUCUAUCAGGCAACGCAAAGAUGGACCUUCAUUCUACGUACACUAUGUUGACUUCAACAAGCGUCUUGACGAAUGGAUUCCAGCUGCAAGAAUCGACCUUGCUCAGGAAGUCGAAUGGCCUCAACCAGAAAAGGCUGAAAAGAAAAAGGCCGCCGCUACAAAUAAGGCCCCUAGCAAGAAUGCUCAGAAGCGUCCACGCGCCGAUAGUCGCGAGGUCUCUGGGACACCAGAUGCUCUUGGUGGCAAGAACAUGAACGUCGACAAGACCCCGCGAGCAUCUCAAGCCGGUGGAAAAGAGAACCUUGAUGCCCAGACACCCGGCGGCGAUGUAUCUCUAUUUCCAUCUGAGGCGGCCUCUGCAGUAGCGACACCCAAAGCGGCUGAAUCAGAGGAUGUGGAGAUGACAGACGCAAAGGAUUUCAAGGAAGACGAAGUGAAAACCGCCUCAGGCGAGGUCAUCAGUCGCGAAGAGGAGAUUGAGCGGCUUCGUACAAGUGGUAGUAUGACACAAAACCCAACUGAGAUCCAUCGUGUUCGUAACUUGACCCGUCUCCAAAUGGGCAAGUACGAUGUCGAGCCAUGGUAUUUCUCACCAUAUCCGGACUCAUUCUCCGAUGUGGAUUUGGUCUACAUUGAUGAGUUUUGUCUCAGCUACUUCGAUAACCAGCGCGCGUUUGAACGCCAUCGUGCAAAGUGCACACUCGUUCAUCCGCCUGGAAACGAAAUUUACCGUGAUGACAAUAUCUCUUUCUUCGAGGUUGAUGGAAGGCGGCAGCGGACUUGGUGUCGCAACUUAUGUCUUCUCAGCAAGCUUUUCCUCGAUCAUAAAACCCUUUACUACGAUGUUGACCCUUUCCUUUUCUACUGCAUGUGCACUCGUGACGAGACGGGAUGUCAUCUUGUUGGAUACUUCUCCAAGGAGAAGGAUUCAGCUGAGGGCUAUAACUUAGCCUGUAUCUUGACACUACCCCAAUACCAGCGUCGAGGAUUCGGUCGACUCCUUAUUUCUUUCAGCUAUGAGCUCAGCAAGCGUGAAGGGAAGCUAGGAUCCCCGGAAAAACCGCUUAGUGAUCUUGGUCUUCUUGGCUACCGACAAUACUGGCGUGAGACGCUUGUUGAGCUCUUGAUAGAGCCAAAUCGGGAGGCUAUGAGUGAGAAUGAGCUUGCUCUUCUUACCUCGAUGACUGAGAAAGAUGUCCACGAGACGCUGGUAGUCUUCAAUAUGCUUCGAUACCAUAAAGGAAACUGGGUUAUUGUUUUGACAGACUACGCCGUUGGGGAACACAAUAAACGACUGGAAAAAGAAAAGGUUAAGGGUGCUCGCAGGAUCGAUCCUGCUCGUCUCCAAUGGAAGCCUCCAGUCUUUACUGCAUCCAGUCGGACAUGGAACUGGUAG